ACAGGAGGAAUCCCUGGACCAGAUAAAUUACAAAACUACCAUUUAGUUGCAAUCUAUAUAUACACUGAUGAUAGUAUAUAUAAAGAGUUUAAUCGCAUUGUUAGGCUUGGUAGAAAAAAAUACCCAUGGAAUUCACUUCACUUUUUGUUGACAGAAGCGAUACAGAUUCUUAAGAAAAAACAAAAGAAAUGCAUAACAACUUUUCGUGGUACCAACCAUACGUUUAAUGAGAAUGUUCUGAAUACAGAGAUUCGUUUUGGCUCAUUUACGUCGUCCUCUCAAAAAAAAAAAAUUGCAAUGGGAUUCGGAACAGAAUCUUGUUUUGAAAUCCAAACUUGUUAUGGUGCUGAUGUGUCAAAAUACUCCCGGAAUCCUGGUGAAAAAGAGGUGCUGAUUCCCCCAUAUGAGAAAUUUAAAGUCACUGCUAUCAUGAAGAAAGAGCAGAAGAAAAGUGCCUGGUGUAACACUGUGUUCAUGUUGAAAAGCUCUGGAUAUAGAAGUGACUUAAACUGUGCAGUGGUCUCAAUUAAGCCACAGAUAUAUCACAAUGUCUCUCUGUUUGAUUAG